CGUAUCUAGGUCUCACCGGGGGAAUGGAAGCACUUACAUCACUCAGCAAGGAUCAAGAUAGAUUUGUAAGGUCCGCGCCCAGAUAAAACCCGUCACAAUCAAGAUCCAUCACCGGGGACCAGUCCACUUCAACACUCUGAAUACCAAAGGUGGUAGCAGCUUCAAAAGGGCGGGCCUCGACCAGAUCAAACCAGAGCAUUGACAUCGAGGAGUUGGCGACAGAGUGGGUUUGCCAUCACAAACCAUCGUGGUCAAUCAAAAUGGCCGUCCACUCUACUCUAGAACCAUCAUCUCACCUCUCCUCCCUCCGGACGCUGGUGGCCGAAACCCUCUUCAACCCGGUGCUCACCGGUGCGCUACUCCUGUACGUGCACCGCAACCCGACGCUCCUGGAGCGCCUGCCCUGGCCACCGCCGACCACGACCUUGAGGCUCCUCCCCUUCCAACUGCCCUGGGGCAUCCCCAACAGGAUCACGCUGAGGGCGACCCCGGCGCUCAAGACGCUCAAGUUCCUCUUCGCGCUGGGGCUGAUCACGCACCUCAACCGGCUCCUCAACCGCCUGGCCCUGAACUACUGGCACCUCGGGAAACAGGGCGAGGCGUGGGACUUUGGCGGGGAAGGCAAGGAGACCAUCCUGGUCACGGGCGGGUGCUCGGGGUUCGGGAGGGAGAUGGUCAAGAUGUUCGCGGCGCGCACGCGGGCCAACGUCGUCGUGCUGGACGUGCAGGAGUUGCCGGACGAUCUGAAGGACGUACCCCGCCUCUCGUACUAUCACGCCGACUUGACCUCGCCCGCGUCGAUCCACGAGGCCGUGGACCUCAUCUGCCGCCACUCCACGCCGCCGCCGACGGUGCUGAUCAACAACGCGGGCGUCGCGCAGGCCCACACGAUCCUCGACACCGACGACGCCUGGCUCGACAAGAUCUUCCGCGUCAACCUGCUGAGCCACUUCACCUUGAUCCGCCUGCUGCUGCCGCGGAUGAUGGCGCAGCGGAAGGGGCACAUUGUGUCGAUAGCCAGUAUGGCCAGCUACACCGGCUGCGCCAGCCUGGGCGACUACUCCGCGACCAAGGCCGGGGUGCUGGCGCUGCACGAGACGCUGACCGCGGAGCUGGCGACGCGCCACCGCGACCGCGGCGGGCACUGCGUGCAGGCCUCGAUCGUGCACCCGAUGUGGGCGCGCACGCCGCUGGUGGGCUCGUGGGAGACGGGGCUGGCCCGCGCGCGCCAGCCGGUGCUCGAGCCCCGCGACGUCGCCGCCAGGGUGGUCCGCCAGGUCCUGGCCGGCCGGAGCGGCAGCGUCUACGUGCCCGACAACGUCUGGGUCGGGACCUGGCUGAGGGCCGUGCCCGAUUGGGUCGCCGUCACGUCGAGGAUGGAUACCGCCCGGGCGACCGCGACGGACUCUUAG